AUGUCAUCAUCAAUCUUGAUCAAGAACGCUACAGUCAUCACUGUCGAUGACAGUAUUGGUAUCAAGACGAACUAUGAUAUUCUCAUUCUAGAUGGAGUCAUCAAGGAGAUGGGCACGAACCUGAGCCCCAAGGAUGUUGUGGGAGAGGUCAUUGACGCUCAGAAUUGUCUCGUGUCCCCAGGUUUCGUGGAUACCCAUCACCAUUUGUGGCAACAGCUUAUCCGUGGUGUCACAACUGACUGGUCGCUGGGGAAUUAUGUCGAGAACAUUCGCAACAUCUAUGGCAGCCUCUUCACUCCUGAAGAUGUCUACACGGCAAAUUACUUUGCUGGCCUGGAUUUGAUUAAUAACGGCAUCACUACUGUAAUCGACCAUUGCCAUAUCCUAAAUUCCUCUGAGCAUACCGAUGCUUCAAUCAAGGGUCUUAAGGACGCAGGAGUCCGCGGUACUUGGUGCUACGGAUUCUAUGAAAACCCCGAGCGUAGUGAUAUUCCUGGUUCCAACCACAAUGUUUCGACCCCUGCAGGAUUUGAUCAUAAAGCGCGUAUGGAAGAUGCCAAGAGAGCUCGAGAGCAGCACUUUCCAGAUAACGACCCAGAAACGCAGCUUCUCACCUUUGGAGCAGCCCCCACUGAAGCAGAAAGAAUGACUGAGGGUUCUUUGAAAGAAGAGAUUGAUUUCUUCCGUUCUAUCGGUGCUCGCGUCAUUACAAUGCAUGUCGCCAUGGGGUGCUACGAUCUGAAUCAUCAGGUUGUACAGCAUCUGGGCGAUAACAAGUACCUCGGCAAGGACCUUUUGUUCAGCCACGGAGCCAGCUUCACUGAUUCAGAGCUGAAACUUAUCCAGAAGGCAGGCUCUGGCAUAUCAGUCACACCCGAAACAGAGCUUCAGAUGGGAAUGGGACAUCCCAUUGCGUUCAAGGCCGCAUCGGUUGGAUGCCACGUUGGACUUGGCAUCGACAUCACCAACAACCAGAACAACGAUAUGUUAGCUUCAAUGCGCCUUUUGAUGCAGGCUGAGCGGGGCAAACGUAACCUUGAGGUGCAAGGGAAGAGCGUGCCGUAUAACAUCUUACCAAAGUCUGAAGAGGCGCUGUACAUGGCAACCAUGGGCGGUGCCAAAUCCAUUGGCUUGGACAACUUGGUCGGUAGCAUCACGCCUGGCAAACGAGCCGAUCUCAUCAUCACGAGAUGCGAUGGAAUGAAUACCGUACCUAUCAUUAAACCCAUUGGUACUCUCAUGUACAACGCACACAUCGGAAACAUUGACACGGUUAUCAUCAAUGGGAAUAUUAUGAAGAGAGAUGGCAAGGUCUUGAAUGUUGAUUGGCCAAAGUUGAGACAGGAUGUGCGAGAGAGGAGUGCAAGGAUGGUGGAGAUUGCGACCAAGGCAUCUCCACUAUCGCAAACAUUUAAGCUUUAG